AUGAUAACUAACUUACGCAAAUCCUUAUUAGUUUUUGAACGUAAUUGCAACAAAAUGACGAUAUCAGUAACGAGCUCGGCUCAGAAUCUCUAUAGACAAAGAGUGCAGGACCAAUUACGCGCCAACAAAGAAAGCCUCGACGCAUUAUCUCAUGAGGGCUCUCAAGUUACCUUCGAUGUUGACAGUUCAACUGAGCCAGUUCCAGAUGCCAACUUAAAAGUCUUCUUUUUUGACAUCGAUAACUGCUUGUACAAGCGUUCGACUAGAAUUCACGACUUGAUGCAGGUAUCGAUUCACGACUACUUCAAAAACGAGCUCGACUUGGAUGACGCCGAAGCGAGGAGACUGCAUUAUAAAUACUACAGAGAAUAUGGACUUGCUAUCCGCGGACUUGUGAUGCACCAUGAUAUUAAUGCUCUUGAAUAUAAUGAGAUGGUGGAUGAUGCAUUGCCUCUACAAGAUAUUUUAAAACCAGAUUUAGAGCUACGUGCUAUGUUGAAGAAACUUAAAAGCUGCAGUAAGGUAGACAAAUUGUGGCUGUUUACCAAUGCAUACAAGAACCAUGGAAUUCGUUGUGUCAGACUACUCGGUAUUGCGGACCUAUUUGACGGCAUUACCUAUUGUGACUAUGCUCAAAAGGACACUCUAAUUUGUAAACCUGAUCCGAAGGCAUUUGAGCGCGCUAAGAGACAAAGCGGUUUAGGUGACUAUGCUAAUUCAUGGUUCGUUGAUGAUAGUGGCAAUAAUAUCAAAACUGGGCUGUCUUUGGGAAUGCGAAAAUGCAUACAUUUGGUGGAAGAUGAGGUUGAUACGGACCUUGGGAAAACUCCUAAAGGAUGCGCUAUUAUCAGAAAAAUAGAAAACUUGCCUGAGGUGGUACCCGAACUAUUUGAGUCGUGA